CGACCCCGCAAGUCGCCGCAUUCCUCAGCGUCAUCGCGUCUUCCACUCGCGGUGUGGCAAUGGCUCCAGAGUCAAAGCCCAUGACUUCGUCUGUCCGACCCGGUGGAGGUCGCUACAAGGAGAAGUUCCAACAGCUGAGAGAAAGAUACGACCAAGUGAAUGCUCUGCAUGAUGAGUACGAGCGCAAUCUGGAGCUCGCUAAAACACGGAUGCGGAAGCUCCAAGAGGAGAAUGACCUACUUCUAGACGCUAUCGCACUUACCAUCCCCGAAGUCCCCCCAGGCGUCCCUCACCCCGAACAAGAUCCCGCACCAUACUACCCUCAGCCUGGCUACGCACCCAAACCCCCACACGCACCCAAUGGGAGCUUGAACGGCUCUGGUACCAAUGGCGUGUCCCAUUCAUAUCGAGAGCCGCCUCCUGACAUGGCCGGCCCUCCCGGGGAGUACAUGCCUCGUGAGCUGAACGGACGGGCGUAGAUCGAGGGAACCUUCACGGAGGUUAGAUUCCACGACGGAUGGCUUUCUUUUCUUGUUGCGCUGCUCCUGUCAUCAUGCCCUCCGAAGUUUUGAGCUGCAUACUAGCGGUUAGUCAAUACCUGAAUGCAUGCAUUCUCAGGUCAGCCGUGGACUUGAGGGUGCUCAAUCUCGAGAUCGCAAGCCCCUUCCCGGUUGCUCAAAUGCGUUAUGCUAUAUUUAAUGUUUUGACUUUUAUGUUACACUUUCCC